AUGCAACCUCUGACGUUUACAAGAGGACCCAUUCCGAUAGUAGCAGAGAACUGGGUGCAAAAGACUGAGAAGAUAUUAGAAAUUCUACACUGCACCGACCAGCAGAAGGUUCUUUAUUCAACCUUUCAGCUGGCACGAGAAGUGGAAAGAUGGUGGACGAUGAGAUAUGCAACCAGAUAUAUUGAGCUAUCUUGUUUCACGCCAUAUUUGAUCUCAAACGAGUUUGAGAAGACUCUAAGGUUCGAGAAGGGUCUGAAGAAGGACAUCCGUAGGCUUGUGGGUAUACUGCAGAUUCGAGAGUUCUUUAUUCUGGUGGAUAAAGCCACAGUAGUUAAGGUUGACCUCCAUGGGGAUGAGGUGGUACGGGAACAAAAGAAGAGGCCAGUAUCUUCUGGUUCUCAGACGGGUUCUCGACAGGGACCGUGGAAGAAUACCGAACGACAAGGUCCUCAGAGGGAUUCAUCUCACGCACAAUGCACUAGGUGCCGUAAAUGGCAUGAUGGUGAAUGCCAACCAUUCUGGGGUUACUGCUACAACUGUAGCAAACCGGACCACAUAUCCCAAAACUGUCAGGCACAGAGGAGCGAUAAGCCUACACAGAACCAGAAUCGUGAAAGUAAUCAGAUGCCUCGGGGAAACUAUUAG